CGUACCAUGAGUGUUUGCCAGCGCAGUAUAACAUUUGUUCUUUGUGUGCCUUGAUGAGAAAUCGAUCAGUUGAAGUUCAAAGGAGUAGUCUAAGAUUAUUUAUAUGGAUUCAGAAAGUAACUGUACUAAAAGAACCACCGUCUCGUUUGGGAAUGCUUUUAUGUCAGCGGGAAUGUUUUCCGCUGGAGUACUAGGCAACUUUAUCGCUUUGGUUCUUUUGGAGAUGCGGCGCCGGCGACAAAGUCCAUCAUUGUUCCAAGUGUUGGUAACGGCGUUGGUGACUACGGAUCUAGUGGGUACCUUCUCCGUCAGUCCUUUGGUACUAACCUCUUAUACACAAAACAAGGCACUGGUCGCUAUGAGGGAAAACAACGCAGUAUGCGCCUACUUCGGUUUCAGUAUGACUUUUUUAAGUCUCGCAACUUUAGCCAUUGUGUGCGCAAUGGCUUUGGAGCGCUACCUCUCCUUUGGACACCCAUACUUUCACGAGCAGCACUUGAGAAAGCGUUGCGGAUACAUCACCAUUGCAAUCAUCUACCUGCUCUGCCUCUUCUUCUGCCUAGGACCUUUCAUGGGUUUUGGUGAAUACAUACAAUAUUGCCCGGGGACCUGGUGUUUCUUUGACAUUAACCCAAAAAUCACCAAAAACAAAGUAUACGUCUAUAUCUACGCGUCGUUGGCUCUUAUGAUGAUUUUGACCACGGUGAUAUGUAAUUUAUGUGUUGUCUAUCAUUUGAUUCUGAUGUAUCGGAGACGUAAAGUACACCGUGUGGGAGCUACGCGAAGGAUACGAUUUUAUCAACGGUCCCUCUCCAUGGCGGAAGAAGUUGAGCAUCUUCUGUUACUGAUAUUCAUAACGGGGGCUUUCGUCACAUGUUCGUUUCCUUUAGUGGUUGUUGUGUUUUCAAGACCCUAUUUCAACUUGAUUGAAAGUGAAUCCCAUGAUCUCCUAGCUCUCCGCUUGCUGUCUUUCAACUCCAUUAUCGACCCAUGGGUCUUUAUAAUCCUUAGCCCCUCAGUGCUGCGCUUCCUCUGGAAGAAGCUGGCGCUGUGUAAGGCCAAGGGACCACGAGAACCCCCCCAAUUCCGCAAGGAAAACGCUGUCCCUGUUGGAUCAAAACUCCCUUCAUCUAGCCCAGUCAUGGAGAUCCAGAACAACGAAUUUCAGUAAAUGGACUAGACAUACGUGACCAGUGAGCGAAUGACCCUCUCUUGACGAAUGUAGGUCAUCUAACCCUCAGUAAUCCAGGAGGACACAGGAUGGGAUUUCUCAGACUAGUCAUCCAAUUUCUGGUGAACAUGGGCCUCAGUGAAUGCCCAGUGCACCAUUUUUGUCCCAUGGGCCAGAGGACGUUCACAGGCAAUUGGAAUAGAUUUUGACGGACAACUGAAUUGAGGGGGGCAGUUGGCUGCAGAGCUGAUAUUUUAUAACCUCAAAAUAGUAAGUGAAAUAAGACUUAACAUUUUGAGAAGUCAUUGUUUGAGUAUUUAUUUAAUUGCUUCAGUAUGAGAGCUUUAUUAUCAACACUGAAGGACUGAAAUUCUAAUUUGAGGAAACUUCUGGAUAAAGGGGUCCAGUAUUCACAGCAUGUGUAAAGGUCAAUGGAUAUGAUCUAAUCUUAGGUUAAAUUGUGAUUUGAGAACCAAAUAUAAUAUUUAUGUAUGGUUUUAAAUGAAUACAUCGUAUGAAGCUACAUUAUGAAAUAUGAUAAUGUCAUGCUCCAUUACCCUUUACAGUUGCCAUGAGAGACUUAUUUUUUUUUAACUGACAUUAACAUUUAGCAACAUUUGGCCAUAUUAUCUCCAUUCUCCCCCAAAUAAGUAUCUUCUAAAUGUAUGUGUCUAGGCGCAUGUACUUGGUUUGAGACAGCUCAUAAUCAAAAUCAUGACAAAUAGGUAUUUGUGGUGGACACCCACCUGUUCUCAACAAUGAAAGGUUGGAAUGAGACACAUGGUUGAAUUUCUUAGUUUUUUUGUAAGCGUAACCGGCCAAGAAGAGCAAAUGUCUCUUACUGAGGGAGUAAGUCACU